GCUGCCAGCCAUGUACACCUUGAUGGGAGGCGGGCUGUUGUGUGCAGUCUCGGGCCUGAUCCUUCUCAUCGUUGCCACAGCGACUGACUUCUGGAUGCAGUAUCGCUACUCGGGAAACUUGAGCAACCAGGGGCUCUGGAGGUUCUGCAUGAGCGGCAAGUGCCACCCCCACACCAUCAGCAUUGGAGCGACUCUCCGGGUCAUAUCUAGGAUGCAGCUCAUGCAAAAUGCAGCCACUCGCUUCCUGCCAGCCUUCUGGGACGCCACCCGGGCAUUCAUGCUGCUCUCCAUCCUCUCCUGCUUCGCAGGCAUCAUCCUGGGCCUCACCGCCUUCUCCAGCAGCGCCAGGGCAUCCCGGACCCGCUCCGCCGGCAUCACCCUGCUGAUCGCUGGUCUCUUUGCAUUGCUGGGGCUGUCGGUGUACACUGGUGUGACUGUGAAUUUCUUCGGUAAGCGCUAUGCUGACUGGCGCUUCUCCUGGUCCUACAUCCUGGGCUGGAUCGCUGUCAUCCUCACCCUCUCGGCAGGCAUUUUCCACGUCUGCGCUGUCUCCAAGAGCCCGUCCCCGGAGAACUCCAACGCGGCGAGUGGCUGAGUGGGCACUGGACGCGCGGCCUGGUCCUGACAGCUCCCCACCCUCACCC